AUGGCAGACUCAGAAAACGGAAAAGAAGGGGUUGAAGCUGGCCAGGACGACACUAUUGUAGCAAAACCUGAGGAACCUAAGGCAGAGGAACCGCCAUCAAAGGCUGAUGAAACUGACGACGUCGUUAAACCUAAGCCCCCUACGCCAGCAAAGGCUGAUGAAGACCCUAAGGUUGACAAAGCCAAGUCUGACGAGAUCGAUUUUUUGAGUGAGCAAUUUGAGAACUAUUUGCGUUUUGCGAAGGUUCUUAUGAAAACCUUGAAGCGGCCUAAAGACUUUGAAUCGUGCACCGAGCUGCUACGUAAAGUCGAACGACUUAACGAUAGUCGUCUUGUGGAGGUGAAACGUAAUGUCAAUCGGUUUAUGCGCUAUUGCUUAAAAAUUAUACAUUGGACAAGUCAAAAUCAACCGAUAAAAGUUUACGAAGCUUGGUAUUGCCGUGCAGACGAAAAGGCUAAGGCUGGAAAGUUAAGCGAAACUAGCACAUGGAUAGGGGAAAGGAAAUCUUAUAUUGCCGUUAAAUCAUUACCAGAUGGCGCUACUCUUCUAUAUGCAGCAGUAACAAAUAAUCCUGAGGCUGGCUGGGAGGAAGGUGGUUUAAAAAUUUUAGAACAACGUGGCGCAUGUAAAAGAGCUUAAUUUUUACAAAAAUGC